GAAUGAAUCUCAUAUUUGUUUUUGUUUUUAUGAACAUCUGAUACGGUGAUAAAUGAUAUAUUGAAGAAAGGUGUUGAUACUUAUUACCAAAUUAUGGUUUAUACAAAUCCUAUUGCACGAACUGAUGCAGAUCAAUUAUUCCCAGAAGAUCCUAUUGCAGUAUUCGAAGCAGAAAGUGCAAAUAUACUUCAAGGUGGAUAUGAGCCACUUCCUCAAGAACCUGAAUGUGAACCCUAUGAAUUUCAAAAUAAUAUCGACGAUUUAGACGAAGGUUAUUGCCCGCUUCAGGGAAAUGAUCAUAAAAUGGAUACUUUUUAUUAUUACAUCAAGAAUCCUCAACCUCCACAAUCCAGGGUUGAUGAUACAAUAUCGCCCCCACGAAAAAAAUUUCCACAACCUAUAAUCUCCAAGAAUCCGCCGACUAGCAGUGAACUGCCGCCUGGGCCUUCUGGUUCAAAGAUAAAUCUGGAUGAUGAAAAAGUGGAGGAGGUUAAAAAAAUCAUGGUAAACAUCAAUUUGCCCUCAAGUUAUUUUCCUGAAUGGGCAUCGGAGGUUCCCGAGGAACAGUGGAAAGAUUUCAUUUUGCAAAGGUUGCAUUUGAAAAAAGAUAGAGAAUUCACUGAAGAUGAUUGAGUAAAUAUAUUUUUUUCUGCACUACAUUUCUCAGAUUUUUUUAUAUAACCACAAUUUCCAUUUAUUCGAUAGUAGGGUAGGGCAAGAUGAUAUUGUAUUUAUUGUGGUAUUUGUUUAGAAAUUUAUCAGUAACAUGUUAAUAUGUAUUUGAAUUCUUUAUAUUAGAGUCAUGAUUAAUUUUUAGUGAAUAUGUAUAUUGUAUCCAAAGAAUAAAAACAUACUAUAUGCUAU